AUGUUUGCUGCAGCUUUCACAGUCCCUGGUGGAAAAAAUCAAGACAGUGGAAUUCCUAUCUUCUUGCAAGGCAAAAUAUUUAAUGUGUUCAUCAUAGCAGAUGCAAUUUCUCUUUUCACUUCUGCAACUUCAGUCAUUCUCUUCAUUGGAAUUCUCACAGGGAGUUUUGCCGAAAAUGAUUUCCUAAAGUCCGUGCCUCUUAAGUUACUUUUCGCCCUCGUUAUGCUUUUUUUCUCUGUGGUGUCCAUGAUGGUUGCUUUCUGUGCUUCACUUGCUAUGCUCUUAAAGGGACAUCAAGGAGUCAUAGUAACAGCCAUGUCAUUUGCAAGUAUUCCGGUUAUUAUUCUUGUACCUUUACAGUUGCGACUCUUCAUUGAGAUUUUCAAGUCUACAGUAUUAUCCAAAUGA